UUGGAAGCAGGACGCUUUCCACAGGAACAGGAAACGUUGUGAAUUGACAGCAACGAUUGAGCAUAGACACGGACGACGAAAACAAAAACAUAGACGGCGAAACCCAGAUACAUUCAAGUGGCAUUUUAACUUCUGUGAUGGCAAUCACAGGAGACCAGGCAAACUUGGAUGACCUUCUCGGGUUGGAGUUUGAUGACGGCCUGAAUGGAUCAUCCGAGGAGCAGCUAUUUGACUACGUCAGUACGCUCAUUGAUUCGUGGCACUCCGAACAGGAUGUGCUCAGCUUGUUUCAGGAAGAGGACAACAUAGAGACUCACUAUCCCUCCCAUUCCCCAACGGGCAGCGAUAGCGGCAUCUCCGACUCCAGCAGCAGCACCGGCCGCAUCGACAAUGGCACUCCCGUGGGUUGCCCGAGCCCCGAGGGCGGCGACCUCGACGUCUUGUGCAGUCGCACCUACUCCAACUCGAGCCCAGUGUGCUCUGAGCCUGCCUUAGUUGCCGAGGAGCUGCAAGCGGAGAACCCGGAGGCCUUGCAAGUCCACGCGGAUCAUAGCUACUCGUUGCUCAGGGGCAGAUGUGAAGACAUGGAUGCCCUGCAGAGCGUGUGGGCCGAGAAGCCUGACAUGGAUGUCUUCAUCGAUCUGGAUAAUCUGGUGACUGAGGAAAUGGAGGAGGACUUUGCCAGUGACUAUGCCAGCGAGCUGCCUUGUACACUGGCCAUCGAGGACUCGCCGCUGGACACCGUGCAGCACGACUACACAGAUCAGUUCCAGUUCAAGGAGAUUGUGCUCUCUGAGGAGGAGAAACGACUUUUGGCGAAAGAGGGAGCAACUAUUCCCACCCAUAUGCCUCUUACGAAGGCUGAGGAGAGGACCCUGAAGAGGGUUCGGAGGAAGAUCCGCAACAAGCAGUCAGCUCAAGAGAGUCGCAAGAAGAAGAAGGUGUACGUAGACGGCUUAGAGAGCAGGGUCGCCGUCUGCACCGCGCACAACGUGGAGCUGCAGAAGAAAGUCCAAAUGCUGCAAAAACAGAACAUAUCUUUAAUAGAGCAGCUGAGGAAACUGCAGGCCGUGGUGAAGAUGUCCACCUUGAAGGCCAGCACGACCAGCACGUGUGUCAUGGUGUUCCUGCUCUCCUUUUGUCUGAUUGUCUUCCCGUCGGUUAACCCCUUUGGCAACAACACGGAGAAGAAGGAACUCUACCUUCCUUCGUCCAUCAUUUCCCGAACUUUGCGCUCGCUGCCGUCAGAGAGCACCGACGCCUUGGCCUACUUAGAACCCGAAGAUGACGAGCCAGACCUUCAUCUGCUUCCUCAAGCCGAACUGGAGAACAUCGACGUCAUCUUCGCAGGCGGUAAGAAAAACCACACCCCGGACUACCAGCGCGUGGAGCAGCCCGACUCGGAGACGGCCGUCAACGGCAACUCUUCAGCCGACUACCCCGCCGCCCCGCAGGCGGCGGAAGUGACGCCGGGGGUGGGCACGGGGGCCCCCGGGGAGUUACAGGAAGGCUCCUUAGAUUCCGUAGUGGUGGCCACUGUGGCGUAUGAGGUCCCUGGGUCCAAGGGGAACUGGAUAGACCGGAACCCUCCGUCUGUUAUAUUACAGCAGCACCGUUCGGAUGAGAUGUAGCGAGGUUCCGUACGCAGCGCCUCCAGAGGUAUUCACGGCGAUUGACUUUUUCCACACUUUAUGUCAUGACAAACAUUUUUACAAGGCUCUCGGACCGUCAUGUGUGUCGAAUUUUCAGAAAAAGAAAUUGUGGGAUGCGGCUGCGAUAUGUGGGGAAAAAGUGAAACGCUGUGAAUACUUUUCCGAUGCACUAUAGGGGAGACAUGAAUCUUAUUUGUACCACAGGGAAGCUGAAGCAGGGUAUAUGCAGUCACACAUUGAAUAACCCCGCCCACUAUUUGAAUGGUUAAUUAAUGGGCUGUCAUUUAUAUAGCCGCUUUUCUACCUCGGGUUAACAAAGCGAUUGACACCGUUACCUCAUUCACCUACCGAUGAAGCCCCAUCAAGCGCAACCGGGGGUUCACUAUCUUGCUCAAGAUAUUCUCGCAAUGGUCUGGGGAUCGAACCACCGACCUCCCGGUUGGGAAACGACCACUCUACCACUGAGCGGGAUAACGACCCAGCAUAGCAAAAUGAUUUAAUGUGCACCCACAUUUCACGAAUGAGGUUUUCGGCCCGAUCGAAAAUAGGAACGCUCUCAGCUGCUUCUCAACUGAUCUCCGCAAGCAGCCAAGCUUGCAAAAAACAAAAAAACCCAAAGGAAAAGCUCAUUGCCGGUGACAGUCGUCAGUCUUAGCAGGAAUUAUAACCUUGACUUUUUAAAACCGCAUUAAGCCGGUAAUCAGCCCAUGCCUAAUAAUGAGCGAUUAUUAUGCUAUAUUUUGCAAUAAUUGCUCCUUGCUUUGUUUAAUCAAUCAAAGGUAGAAGUUUGACCGAGUGAACCACGAUUGCCUCAUCUCGGAAUCCACCCGUAUAAAUUCCGAUUCAUUUUUCUAUAAUGGGUCACAAACAGUGGAACAAUGCAAAGAAUUGUUCCCCUCCUUAAAAAAAAAAAAAAAAAGUUUAUAAUUGUCUUUAUGUCGAUCAUGCACAAAAACGUGUUAUUCAGUGAAUAUUUGGGGGAUUACUGUAAUCGUAACUGUAAAAGGGAUUUGCUAUUGUAAAUAUUAAACAGGUUUAAUAUUACGUUUGUCGGCCCCAGCCGUGAAGAAAAAAACCCACUCUUAGAAAAAUUGCACAGGAUAAUCGCUCGGAUUAAUCUUUUCGAGACAUUCGAUGAUCUGAUUUUCGCUGACAUGGAUCGGAAGGUGGAAAAUGUUGUGUACCGCUCUCAAUACGGCGGAACAUCUACAGUUGGAACGACUCCACGAUGGGGUAGUACAAUUUGUACUUAAAUAUUUUGUGGACAAAAUCACCCCAGAAGGUGAUGAAAAUAGGAAAUGCCACACGUGUCACCAAAUUAUUUCACUUUACAUUAUUUUCCUACGGUUUAAAAAAAUGGAAAUUUGAACUCAUUCUAAGUGAACCCGUGGCAUGGAGUCUGUCAUGUUGAACUUUGGCUGUUCCACUGUACUUUUGAGGGGAGGUGGAUUUUCGGUCAUUUUAGCAGCCUUCCGAUGUACUACUGUUACUUUAUUUGCACUUUUCUAAACAUGUUGUAAAGGGCGAAAAUGACUUGCGCAGUCAUGAAAAUAUAUAAAUACAUGCAUGCAUUUGAAAAGGUCCCACUCUCCUUGCAAAAUAAAAAAUAUAUAGAUAAAUGACACACCCAAAGCUGCUCGAUAGCAAAUCGGCUUCCAUCAGUCAUAGCUUGAUAGAAGGGUAGGCCGCUUGACUAAAGUGUUUUGGAUCAUUUGCACCAUGAAGCCAUUGCAGGACAUUUGGCCAUGUACGUAGACGACUUGUUUAGCGUUUCCCUUGUAACAAGGGUUUCCGUUCCCUUGUGUGGGCAGUCAAGUGAUAAACUCGCGAUUCCCACUUUUACUUUUUUUUUUUUAAGAUAAGGAGA